CACACCAAGAACAGCAGUCAUGAGUCUUAAACUUCCCAAGGCCGCUGGUCCUCAGCUUUUCAAGGACGGAUAUAAGAUUGCCCAGGGCACGGAUGACGCUGUCGUCAGAAAUAUUCAGGCCGUUCACGAACUUGCUGGCAUCGUUCGCACUUCUUUCGGCAAUGGACGUAAUAAGAUUAUCAUCAACCAUAUCGGAAAGUUGUUUAUCACUAACGAUGCCGCUACUAUCAUUCGCGAGUUGGACGUCGUCCACCCUGCAGCACGAUUGGUUGUCAUGUCGAGUCAGCAGCAGGAGUCUGAGAUGGGUGACGCUACGAAUCUCGUUCUGAUUUUCGCCGGAGAACUUUUGAACAAGGCAGAGUCUUUGAUCCGCAUGGGUCUUCAUCCUUCUGAGAUCACGCAGGGUUACGAGAUGGCUUACGACUUUGCUCUGAAGGUGCUUGAGGAACUCGUUGUUUACAAGGUUGCCGACCUUUCUUCGAAGGAUGAGUUGAUCAAGGCCAUCAAAACCGCAAUUUCCUCAAAACAGUACGGUAACGAGGACUUCCUCGCCGAUUUGGUCGCCGAUGCUGCGCUUACCGUUAUGCCCAAGAACCCUGUCAACUUUAACGUCGAUAACGUGCGUGUUGUGAAGAUCAUGGGUGGCAGUUUGUACGAUAGCAAAGUUGUUCGCGGUAUGGUCUUCGCAAGAACACCUGAAGGCGAUGUUACCAAGGCGUCAAAAGCUAAGGUUGCUGUCUUCACCUGUCCUCUGGAUAUCUCUCAGACUGAGACCAAGGGAACGGUCUUGCUUCACAAUGCCAAGGAAAUGCUUGAUUUCACAAAGGGAGAGGAGAACCAGCUUGAGGCUAUGGUAAAGGAGAUCGCUGACUCCGGUGUUCGUGUUGUCGUUACUGGAUCAAGCAUUGGUGAGCUUACCAUGCACUACCUGAACCGAUUCGGUAUCCUUGUGGUCAAGAUUCUCAGCAAGUUCGACCUCCGUCGUCUUUGCCGUGUUGUGGGGGCUACUCCUCUCGCGCGUUUGGGUGCUCCCAUGCCGGAUGAGAUGGGAAGUGUCGAUGUUGUGGAGACCGUUGAAAUUGGUGGUGACCGUGUUACGGUUUUCAGACAGGAGAAUGACAUCACCAAGACUGCGACCGUUGUCCUUAGAGGAGCAACGCAGAACUAUCUUGACGACGUGGAGCGUGCUAUCGAUGACGGUGUUAAUGUUGUCAAAGCUGUGGCUAAGGACCCUCGCUUGGUACCUGGUGCUGGUGCGACAGAGAUGGAGCUUUUGAAGAGAGUUAUGGCAUACGGAGAGAAGACUCCAGGACUGAAUCAACAUGCGAUCAAGAAGUUUGCCGAGGCGCUCGAAGUUAUCCCUCGGACGUUGGCAGAGAACGCUGGUAUGGACGCUACGGAGGUUCUGUCAAGACUGUAUGCAGCGCAUCACAAGAACGAUGAAGGUGUAGUGGGUGUCGACGUGGAAGAUGAGAGAGACGGCACGGUCGACGCCAAGGCGGCCGGUAUUCUUGAUGUUCUGUCGAUGAAGCAUUGGGCUUUGAAGCUCGCCACAGAUGCUACUCUUACCGUAUUGAGGAUUGACCAAAUCAUCAUGUCGAAGGCAGCAGGAGGACCUAAGCCACCGGGCCAGAACCCCAACUGGGAUGAGGAUUGAUGAAAGAAGUUGGUAUUAGAAAUCUAAAACGGAGGGAAAUCUGUAUAUGCUGAGGGGGGAUUGCCUAAUCUAAAUAGAACGAGUGGUAGGCUCGG